AUGAACCGGAGUUUCAACAAAUCUCAGACUCUGCGGUAUCUGGAGUGCAGCGCGGUGGAAGUGAAGAGUAAGUUCGGGGCAGAGUUCAGAAGGUUCUCCCUGGAUCGCUACAAGCCAGGAAAGUUUGAAGACUUCUACAAACUAAUUCUUCACAUUCAUCACAUAGCCAACCUGGAAGUGAUGAUUGGAUAUGCUGAUGUGCAUGGAGACCUUCUCCCUAUUAAUAAUGAUGACAACUUCUUCAAGGCUGUUUCAAGUGCUCAUCCACUGCUCAGGGUUUUUAUACAAAGACAAGAUGAAGUGGACUACAGUAAUUUUGGGACCAACACGCUAUCAAGGAAGAAAAAGGCUCUGGUGACACUCCGCAAUGACAACCUCCGCCGGCGUCCCCACAUUAACAUUAGCAUGCCUCAUGAUUUUAGACCAGUGUCUUCCAUAAUCGAUGUGGACAUUCUUCCUGAAACACACAGGAGAGUGAGGCUGUAUCGACAUGGGUGUGAGAAACCCUUAGGAUUUUACAUUCGUGAUGGCACCAGCGUAAGGGUUACUCCUCAUGGACUAGAAAAAGUACCCGGUAUCUUCAUCUCUCGUAUGGUUCCUGGAGGCUUAGCGGAGAGCACAGGCUUGCUGGCUGUGAAUGAUGAAGUCCUGGAAGUUAAUGGCAUUGAAGUAGCAGGAAAGACUCUCGACCAAGUCACAGACAUGAUGAUCGCCAACAGCCAUAAUCUUAUUAUCACAGUCAAGCCAGCAAACCAGAGGAACAAUAUUAUUCGAAGCAGUAGGAUGUCUGGUAGCUCUGGCCAGUCUACAGACAGCACUGCUAGUCACCAUAGCUUGCCUACAUCCCACGUGCUGCAGAACUUCCACCCUGAUGAAAUGGAGAGUGAUGAAGAGGCUGACAUUGUCAUCGAGGGCGGUCUGGAGCCACAGCACAUUCCAAAACUGCACAGCCUUACUUCCAGUAGCCUCUCUCGAAUCAAUGGCAGCAGCCUUACCCACAGACUACAAAGGGACCUGGUGCUCAACAACAACUCUGGCCGAGAAAGCAACGGCAACAUCCACAAAUUACUCAGUUCCUUAAAAACUGAUCCCCGACACAGUCUGGUUAUCCCCAGAGGAGGUAUCGAGGAGGAUGGAACAGUCAUUACACUUUAG